AUGGUGACCACCGUAGAGGGCGAGUCCAUUCAGGUAGACGAAUUAUUUCAGUACUCGGCAUGUAUCCAACUGCCCAUUUGCCGCCAAUGUCGACAUGCCGUGUGGCCGGAAAAGGUGGCCGACCAUGUUCGACGUCGUGAACAUCGAUUGUCCGCUCGAGAUGCCCGUCACGUUCAGAAACAGGUGUCAGAGUGGCCCCAUUUAUUGCACGACCGCGACGUCAUCGUCAAGAUCCACGAGUAUAUCCGUCGUCCCGUUCCCGAGUUGGACAUUUUCACAGACGGGAAAUUAUGUAACAUUCAGACCGAGAGGUGUCGAUACGUAUGCCGUGACGAGGCGAGCAUGAAGGUCCAUUGGGCUCAACACCAUCCCGGUCAACGGGGCAAAGCCGGUGCGCCGUGUAGCGGUCGACGGUCCAACCCUACACAUAUUAGGAGAGUGACCCUACACAUAUUAGGAGAGUGCGGAACGGAAUGUGUUUCCGUCCCCCGUCCCCGCUAG